AUGUCGUCUUCGAUAACACCUUUUUAUCGUCCUGGAGUGUUUCCUGCCUUAUCCUCUCGUCUCCUCACUACUGCCUCUCAAUCACUUCGAGCGGCUAUUCAACAACAGCUUAUACUUAAAAAGUUUUUACAAUACACCUUUACACGAAGUUCAGUUCCUAUAGCUAAUAGCAACCCUUGGUUGAAAGAACGCAUGAAGGUUGGAAAAGUUGAUGCUGGAGAAGAUGCUUUUUUCUAUGUAGGGACAAAUGAAGGAGUAGCUUUAGGAGUUGCGGAUGGCGUCGGUGGCUGGACUCAAAUGGGUAUAGAUCCAGCUACGUUUUCAUGGGCAUUAAUGGACAAUGCUGCAAGUAUCGCAAAAGAAUUUAGUUCAUAUAAACUUCCAUUAUUUAAUGCACCCAAUGGGUCUACUGAUAUUUUGGAUGCAAAAGAAAUAUUAAAUGGUGCAUUCGACAAAUUGAUAAAGAGUGGAAAAGUUAAAGCCG